UCACUUUACUCAGCCGUCCAACUCCUCUGAAAGUGCAGAAAAUUACGGGAGCAAGAUGCGACUCAUCUCAAUUAUCAGCCGUUGAAUCCAAAACAUCAGAUUUGAGGCGGGUGCCAUACAAACCCCAGAACCCAUCGUUCAGCUGUUUCUUCCAAUACCAUCCACGCCGGAGCAAAUGUCCGCUCAAGUGCGCAGCAGCUACCUCUUCCUCUAUAAUUCCAUUCAGGCCAUUGGAUGGGCAGUUUCACUUUGGAGAAUCUCCAACAGCUUAGCUUCCACAAAGUCUUUCAAUGGGGCCUAUGCUUCUGCUGGAGAGCUUAUAUGUUAUCUGCAAAGUCUGGCAUUCCUGGAAGUCGUACAUGGCGCUUUAGGGAUUGUUCCUAGUGGAGUUCUACUACCAUUGAUGCAAUGGGGUGGAAGAAUUCAUUUCCUACUAGCUCUCGUUCGCUCCAUCAAUGAGGUCCAAGAACUGCCAGCAGUUUUCAUUACCUUUUUAGCUUGGAGCUUAUCUGAAGUUAUAAGAUAUUCACAUUAUGCCUUGAAUUGCAUUAGCACGCCACCCUAUUGGGUCACUUUCAUCAGGUACACUGCUUUUAUCGUACUGUAUCCCAUUGGAAUUGCUCCCGGUGAAAUGUGGCUCAUGUACCAAGCACUUCCUGUUAUAAAAGAGAAAAAGUUGUAUACAGAUCGCCUCCCUUUCAGCUAUUAUAACUUUGUUGUGGUGCUGCUUCUCCUGUAUCCAGUUUUAUGGCUGAAACUGUACCUUCACUUGUUUAAGCAACGGCGAUCAAAAUUGUGUAAACACCAGAAGAUAAAAUGAGCCACUCAAGCUUCCUGCGCACGGCAGCCUCUUUCGGAUUCAGAAGCCCCGCCUCCAGAUCGCUAGCCCACGCCCCGUUCAGCCCGUUCUUUCUCCAGUCAGAGAUUGCUCUGCUACGACCAGACUUCUAUCUGCGCCAGAUUUGGUCACGUCCAACUUCCCCAGGGAAUGGAGAGGGUGCGGGAAGACAACGAAGUUCCCCAUUGUUGAAGCUGAGGUGGAGUGGGCGUUGUGGGGACUACUCCACCUUUCUCUUUCUGCAACUGAUCACCACAGCCUUGCCAGAUUAAUAAUUUCUAUCAAAGUCUUGGGUUUGAAGAAACAAAUGGCGUAUGAGAUGGUGUUAAGGCCGCCCAUAAAUGCCCCUACUAAGCCUUUUCUGACUACCCUUCCACCUUGUUCUCUAUGCACUCAAACUCCAUCUGCUACUCGAUUGGGGGUCCCUUCUAGCGGACGUGAGAAAGGGUUUUGUGAAAGUUCUCUCCAUUGAUAGGCCCUAAUUGAACCUGGUCAAUAGCUCAGUUUCAAAUGUUUCCCAUGGAAUCUGGUAUGAGUCGAUCCCACAUGCCUUGGUGAUGGCUUGCCAUCGUAGUACCUUUUUUUUUAACAUUGAUAGGAUUCCACAACGCAGGUCAGCCUGACAAAAGGUUCCAAAUAGAACAUAUGAAGAGUAAUAACUCAACUAAGUUCUUUAAUUCUUAGUCUUUGAAUUAUUCAAAUAAGACUAUAAGAGAAUGGGUCUUUAGGAAGCCGAAGACACUUCUUCACUUCUAGUUAUUUCCGUAUUAAGGGAUUACAAUUGAGUUUAUUGAUAUAUUAAAGUUAUGACUUGAAAUGGAGCUAUUGACCAGGUUCAAUUCGUAAUAAGGAAUUACAAUUGAGUCUUUGAUACAAUCGAGCUAUAUUCAAAUACCAGAAUGGGUCUUUAGGUCAUGAAAAUAUGAAAAUGUAGAGCAUUAAAGCAUUUUAAAUUUGAUAUAAUAUGACUCAUCAUUCAUUAUGAGUUAAAAGUUAUGAUUUCGUGAUUUAGCACAAUCUAAACUUGAAAUUGAUACACGUUUCAUAAUAUUCAUUAAUUUUAAAAAUAUACAAAGUAUGUAUAUUUGACUACGUGCGAGAAGUCUACCUUGCAGUGGUGAGAAAGUUAGAAUUAA